AGGGAAACUUCUAUCGUCCAGGACCCUGUCGGGGAGAGGAAGCUCGAAGACGCGGAUGGAACUUAAAACCCUCCAGCCGAGAGCAGAUCGAGCUCAAUCUGCUAAAGCUUCACGCUCGAGAGUUUCUGGGCAGGGGGCCCCAACGAGGAACUCGUUUCGUCACGCCGUUAGGUUUCUCCCACCGUGCCCCCCCCCUCCCCCGGAGGAGAUGGUAGAACCCACUUCCGGAUUUCCACCCUCCCAGCCCCGCCUCCGGCCGCAGGAAAUCUCGCGAUGGAGGGAGGAGGCGGUACACCCCCAGAAAUACUUGAAGAAAGUCAGUCAGGAUGUAGUCUACCUACAGGUCUUGGAGCCAACGGUUUGAAGAAAAGCAGUUGGGGGUUCUUCCUUACUGGGAUCGUUGGUGGGACCCUGGUGGCCGUGUAUGCCGUGGCCACCCCGUUUCUAACACCGGCCCUCCGAAAAAUUUGUUUGCCAUUCGUACCCGCAAACAAGCAGAUUGCCAACGUUGUGAAAAUGUUGCAUUGCAGAAGAGGAUCCCUGGUCGACAUUGGCAGUGGUGACGGACGUGUUGUGAUAGCAGCUGCAAAGGAGGGAUUCACCGCUGUCGGUUAUGAAUUAAACCCAUGGCUCGUUUGGUACUCCAGAUACCGUGCUUGGCGAGAAGGGGUGCAGGGCUCUGCCAAAUUUUAUAUUUCAGAUUUGUGGAAGGUUACUUUUUCGCAGUACACAAACGUGGUUGUUUUCGGUGUGCCUCAGAUGAUGCCACAGUUGGAGGAGAAACUCGAGCUUGAACUGAAGGAUGACGCCAGAGUCAUUGCUUGCCGGUUCCCUUUCCCUCGCUGGACCCCAGACCACGUCACCGGGGAGGGGGUAGACACCGUGUGGGCCUACGACCUGAGCACGCUGCGAGGCAGGAGGCCCUGAAGACGUUUCCAGCUGGUCAUUCGAGUGUAGACUUUAUGGAGAGUGGUUUCCCAAGUGAUGGUGGUCUUCGGUUUCAUAGAGAUCUACAGCUGUGUCGUCAGCAAAGAGUCUGUUUUUCUUCUCUAUGGAAUGAAAAUCUAUUACUUUCCUUAACUUUUGGAAAACAAACAGAAGUUAAGAACAGCAGGUAGAUUUAAAGUCCCUUUUUGUGGCAUAUUCAAAAAAGUGGUCUUCUUUCCCACGCGCUCUGAUGUAUGAAAAUAUGACCAAGGGAUGGUCAACGUUGAUGGGCGGGAGAGAUGUGAACAGCUCUUCACGCUACAAAAAGUAUGAUUUAAUGCCAGAGAUGAACAGAAACACUUUUUAAAGAGGCUGUGCAGUAGGAAAUGUUUGCAGUUUCAUCUAACUUUAUUCAUACUUAAGAUUUGUCUUUCUUUUUUUCUGUACUUCAUGGCAACGUUUUCUAAAGGACUCAGGCGCUCCUAUUUUAUAACAUUGAUUAGGAAUAAUUUGUUGUGAGGCCAGCGCUCUACUGUAUUUUCUUGGAUCUGAGGUGUCUAUACGUGUGCGUGUAAACGUGUGGAUAGACACACACAUUUGACCGUUUCUGAAGUUGUGACGUACCUUCCGGCUGAUGGUGUUUUGUGUCUACGAUCGGCAGCAUUGCACAUCACGACGUAGCUGUAGCCACCACGGAUGGUAUGUCAGAUGUGAUGCGAGGUGCUCAGAGGAGAUGCAGGACAUUCUGGAGUUAUAGGUAAUAACAUAAGCCGUCAUGAGCUUGGGCUCAGCCAGACCUGGAAUCACAUCCCUGCUCGGCGACCAGCCUUGCACCAGUGGCUUGAUCUCCUGGAGCCUCACUUUCCCGAGUGUCCCCAGCCUCUGUUGGGAUAAUGAUACACCGAACAGGGGACUCUUUUUUUGUAAAACUCAUGACGCGAAGUCUUUGGUCUUAUCAUUUUAGAUACUAAAGAAGUCACAGAUUAUUUCUGCUAGUCACAUCUUUAUUUUAUGAAAGUAGCCAUUCAUUUAAUAUUCUCGUUUAGGAGAAGAGACCUGACUGAUUUAGAUAAAGACAAGUUACGGAAAACCUUUGAAUGUGAAUAGAUAGGCUUCAUGUAUCUGAAACGUUAAUCUAUUAAAUGGUGGCUCUAAUAAUCCCUGUGUAUCACAGAAAAGGAUUGAGCUCCCGAUCGUACACCUGUAACCUAAAUACCAAACUGUGUCUUCAUGGAGGUUUGAUAAAAUGAGAUGGUUUGUAUUUUUAACUAAACUCACGAAAAUACGAUCAGCUUGAGAAUUUUCAUUUAAAUGAAAAGCAACUGGGGACCCGUUCAUUCAUUCGGCGAAUGCUUCUUGUCUGCUGUGUAAUAGGCCUGUCCGAUUCAAUGGUGAGUAGACAUGAAGGACCCCUAAUCUUAUGGAAACGUGUAUUCCGGAAGAGAGAGACAAAUACGGGCGUGAAUGUAAGUGUGUGUGUGAAGCUCUCUGAAAGAAGUAAACAGUGUGACAGUCAUGGGCACUUGUCAGAUUUUUGGCUGCCACUGUCCAUCCCUUCCCAGUAGCCCCCGAUUUCUUUCCGAAGAGCGAACUCCCUACGACGGUGUGUAGUUUGGUGUCUGUCCCUGCCUGUCACCCCAGCCAGCUCUGUAAGUGGGCGAGGCACGCCUGGAGAGGGACCCAUCGUGGCUCCUGGCCAGGCAGGUGUGACGGGCAGAGGUAGGGUUUUGUGGAACCUUGGGUGUGUUCAGUAAUCUUCUAGACGUGCUCCUGGCAGACUUGUGGAGGCAUCAGGCUGUCUGCAAAGGCAAAUAUAACUUGCCUUUUUGAGGUUUCUGGUUUAGCUUCCCAAAGAUUAAAUGGCCCCUGGUGUUGCAACCUCAGAAUAAAAUGGACCAUUUCACGGAA